CCCAGCCGCCAUGGCCCCCCCUACCAGGCCAGCUACUACCCGGCGAUUGAAGGGGGAGGCUGCUCUUCAAUGGCUUCAGCCCUCCAGUGUUCGGUUGUGACUAGGAAGGAGCUAGCGGAUUAGAGCCAGGGCGAGGGGUUUGCUAGAGGCUGGUCUUCCGCCAGAGCUAAGGUGACUCUACGUUGACAGCAUCUGUGGCCUCCGGAGGACCAUGUCACUAGACUUUGGCAGUGUGACAUUACCGACACAAAAUGAAGACGAAGACUAUGACAAAGAAGACUAUGAAAGGGAGAAAGAGUUGCAGCAGCUGCUCACAGACCUGCCUCACGAUAUGCUGGAUGAUGACCUGUCCUCCCCUGAACUCCACUAUUCGGAUUGCAGUGAGGAUGGCAGAGAGGAAGAACCCCAUCAUUCUGAGCAAUUGGAGAGGAACUGGAAUGAGCAUCAAGUGCUGCCUAAAUCUCAAAGUGUAAAUGGCUAUAAUGAGAUGCGGGAUGUAUAUAUUGGAGAGAAAACUGGCAAUAGUUGGGAAGAGAAUCAAAAUAGCAUUGAAGACCCACAUCGUGGGUACCAUCCUGAAGGAGGUGGAGAUGAAGGCGGCAGUGAUUAUAGUCCUCCGAGUAAAUAUGAAGAGACCGACUUAUAUCACCUUCCUGAAAACUUUAGGCCAUUUACCAAUGGUCAGAAGCAGGAAUUUCGUAGCCAACCAACCAAUGUAAUUACAUUUUCAGAUUCUCAAAGGAAUCACUUUCAGCAAUUUGGUAUAUCACAAGGUCCCAGUUGUCAAGCUUUGGAAUCAUAUAAAGUGACGUAUAAACCUUAUCAGUCUUCUGCCCAGAAUAAUGGCUCACCAGCCCAGGACAUUGCAGGAAGUGACACAUUUGAAGGCCUGCAACAGCAAUUUUUAGGAGCUAAGGAAACAGACUCUGCAGAAAAUAUGCAGAUCAUUCAACUUCAGGUUCUCAACAAAGCAAAAGAGAGACAAAUAGAUGAUUUAGUUGAAAAGUUAAAUGAAAGUGAACGUCAAAUUAGAUAUCUGAAUCACCAGCUUCUGAUAAUCAAAGAUGAAAAGGAUGGUUUGAACCUCAGCCUUCGAGAGUCACAGAAACUCUUUCAGAAUGCAAAAGAAAGAGAAAUCCAGCUUGAAGCACAAAUAAAAGCACUGGAGACCCAAAUACAAGCACUUAAAGCCAAUGAAGAACAGAUGAUUAAGAAGUCCAGAACAACUGAAAUGGCUCUGGACAGCCUGAAGCAGCAGCUGCUGGACCUUCGCCAUUCAGAAUCACUUCAGCGUGUGCGAGAGCAACAUGAGAGCAUCGUUACUGGUCUCACAAAAAAGUACGAUGAGCAAGUGCUGUGCUUACAGAGGAAACUGGAUGCUACAGUUACUGCGCUUAAGGAACAGGAAGACAUUUGCUGUCAUUUGAAGGACCAGGUUAAGCAACUGGAAAGGAAUCAAGAGGCAACCAAAUUAGAGAAGACGGAGAUCAUUAACAGAUUGACGAGAAGCCUGGAGGAGAGUCAGAAGCAGUGUGCCAAUCUGUUGCACUCAGGCUCAGUACAGGAGGUGGCUCAGCUCCAGCUCCAGCUUCACCAAGCACACAAGGCUCAUGUUAUGAGUGAAAACAUGAACAAGGCUUUGCAAGAAGAAUUAAAAGAACUAAAAGACGAAAUUUCUCUUUAUGAAUCUGCUGCAAAACUAGGAAUACUUCCAAGUGACUCUGAAGGAGAAUUAAAUAUAGAACUCACUGAAUCAUAUAUGGAUUUGGGUAUUAAAAAAGCCAACUGGAAAAAAUCCAAAGUUAAGAGUCCUGUACAGCAAGAAGACCCAGGUGAAGAGCUUUCCAAAGAUGAGGUCAUUGUGAAGCUGAAAGCAGAGGUGCAGCGUUUGCUGGGUAGCAACUCUGUGAAACGUCACCUGGUGUGUCAGUUACAAAGCGAUCUCAAAGACUGUCAGAAGAAAAUCGAAGAUCUCCAAGUGGAGAAGGAUGAGAAAAGCAAUGAGAUGAAAAUUGAUGCCUCAGAAAAACCAGCGAAUCAAAUAUGGCCUGGUUCUUUGGAUGUAAUUGUCAAAGAUGAUCUUCUACGACUUAAAAAUGAAAUUCAAGUUUUACAGCAACAGAAUCAGGAACUUAAAGAAACUGAGGAAAAACUGAGAAAUACAAAUCAAGACUUAUGUAAUCAGAUGAGACAGAUGGUACAAGAUUUCGAUCGAGAUAAACAAGAAGCUGUGGAUAGGUGUGAGAGGACUUAUCAGCAGCACCAUGAAGCCAUGAAAGCCCAAAUUCGUGAAAGCCUAUUAGCCAAGCAUGCUCUAGAGAAACAGCAGCUCUUUGAGGUUUAUGAGGGGACUCGCUUGCAACUUAGGUCUGAAUUAGAUAAGGUGAAUAAGGAGAUGGCGGCUGUACAGGAAUGCUACCUGGAAGUGUGCAGAGAGAAAGACAAUCUAGAAGCGGCUCUCAGGAAGACCAUGGAAAAGGAGGCUCAGGAGAAGAUCAAACAAGAACUUACUCAACAGUUUGAAAAGGAGUGGCAGUCUAAGCUGGAUCAAACUAUAAAGGCAAUGAAAAAGAAGACCUCAGAUUAUUGCAGCCAAACUGACCAAGAAACCACCACUGAUGUUAUUUCCAAGAAAGAGGUGGCAGUUCUGAUAGAGGAGCAGAAGCGAAAGAUCCAGCAGAAUUCAGAGCAAGAGAAGGACAUGGCUGUCAAGGGGGCCUUGGAGAAACUGGAGGUUGAACUGGAACUCAAAUAUUGUGAAAAGAUUGCCAAACAGGUAGAAACAGCUGUUCGAAAUGCUCGUCAUCGGUGGCUGGAAGAACUGCCUGAGCUUGCAGAGUAUAAAUCACUUGUAAGAGCAGAACAGAAGAAGUGGGAGGAGCUACAAGAGCAGUCUGUGGCCAAACGGAUAUCGUUUGCUGUUUCUGAAGCUAAAGAGACAUGGAAAAGCGAAAUUGCAAUUAUGAAGAAAAAUGCCAUACCUGGAAAGGAACUGGAAGAGAAGAUUCAUUCCCUUCAGAGAGAGCUUGAGCUGAAGAAUGAGGAAGUCCCCGUGGUUGUCAGGGCUGAGCUGGCAAAGGCCCGGAGUGAAUGGAACAAAGAGAAGCAAGAAGAAAUCCACAGACUUCAGGAACAAAAUGAGCAAGAUUACCGGCAAUUUUUAGAUGAUCAUCGAAAUAAAAUUAAUGAAGUGCUUGCAGCGGCCAAGGAAGACUUUAUGAAACAAAAAACUGAACUACUUCUUCAGAAGGAGACAGAAUUGCAAAUGUGUCUAGACCAGAGUCGCAGAGAAUGGACCAUGCAGGAAGCCAAGCGGAUCCAACUAGAAAUCCAGCAGUAUGAGGAAGACAUCCUAACUGUGCUUGAAUUUCUCUUAAGGGAUACCCGGAAGGAGCAAGCCAGUGGUUCAGAAAACAAGCCCCUUUUGGAGCUCCUUUCAACUUGUUCUUCAAAAUGGGUGUCUGUGCAAUAUUUUGAAAAAGUGAAGGACUGUAUCCAGAAAGCAUUCCAAGAUAUACUUUCCCUACUUAAAGAAAGUGUUGACUCCGACUGGGGAAAGAUAACUAUGACUGAGAUUUCCAAGGAUGCUGCCACAGAGAUCCCUGGUAGAGGCGGCCCUGGAGCUCUGGUCGCCCUCCCCACACCUGCCUCUGGACAACGUGCUCAGUCCCUGGCUGUGAGAGGGGCAGAAGCAGAAGCUGAUAAGAAAAAGAUCCUUGAAAUUAAAGAUUCAUGCUGUGGACACUGCUUCCAAGAACUUGAAAAGGCAAAGCAGGAAGGUCAAGAUCUGAAAAGAAAACUGGAGAAAUGCUGUAGGCAUCUUCAGCAUUUAGAAAGGAAGCACAAAGCUGUAGUGGAAAAAAUCGGAGAAGAGAAUAGUAAAGUUGUUGAAGAAUUAAUAGAAGAAAACAAUGACAUGAAGAAUAAAUUGGAAGAACUGAGAACACUUUGUAAAACACUACCACCAAGGUCACUGUCAGAAGGGGCCAUUGAAAAUGCUUGCAUACCAUGCAAUAGGGUGGCCUUGGAAGAACUUCGUGGGCAGUACAUUAAAGCUGUAAAAAAAAUUAAGCGUGACAUGCUUCGUUAUAUUCAGGAGAGUAAGGAGAGAGCUGCAGAAAUGGUAAAAGUGGAGGUUUUGCGAGAACGUCAAGAAACCGCCCGAAAGAUGCGCAAAUAUUAUUUGAUUUGCCUUCAACAAAUUUUGCAGGAUGAUGGAAAAGAAGAAGGAGCUGAGAAAAAGAUUAUGAAUGCUGCUAGCAAACUUGCUAUGAUGGCGAAAUUGCUGGAAACACCGAUUUCUCAUAGAUCCCAGAGAAAAACUACAGAGUCAGCGUGGCCCCUGACUUCAGAGCUGCUGACUGGAGUUGAAAAAUCAAAAAGAAAUUAUGUGAAUCAGAAUAUACCGUGUCACACUGAAAGCAAAUCAGACAAUAUAAAAACUCUCCCCAAAGGUAUGUGUGACCAAGUUCCUAAGAGGAGGGCUGUUUGUAACUUACGAAGGCGGUUAGAGGACACAGAAGAUGGGGACGGAAAGCAUGAAGGUUCCAAAGAGUCACAUUCAGACUUUCAGUUUGAGGAUAACAGUCACAAACACGUAGAUGUUUUGCCAAGGAAUAUUUCUCCUGAGUUUGUUCCUUGUGAAGGUGAACAAGGCUUUGGUUUGCACAAGAAGGACCUCCUCAGCGAUACGGACUCGGAAUCACUCCAGCAGUCAGCCGCACACCCCUUUCUUGGAUUCUGCAGAUAUAAGACCUCACCUAGAUAUACCCCUAGUCUUUCUGAUUCUGAAUUCACACAUAUAACCUUUCGAAGUCCUAAUGAAAGACUUGGUUUAAAAGUAUAUAAAUGUAAUCCCCUAAUGGAAAGUGAAAAUGCUGCAGCUGAGAAAAGUCAAAGUUCAGGUGUUAAGGAAGCUCCAGUCAAGGAUGGAGGGGACCUUAGCGACUCUGUAGGCUGGCAUUCCAACAGUGCCACUCUCCCCUGUAACAGUCACGAAGCCUCGUUUUUGCAUGAUAGGCCACAAGAAACUCUGGAUCUGCUUGCAGAAUCUGUUCAUUUCCAACAGCUUUCAGCAGCCAGUUGUCUUUCAGAUUCAGAGAAAAAGAAUAUGAUUCGUCAACCUAUGAAUUACGAGAGUGGUCAUACUCCAGACCUGUCAGAAGAAACCAUAUAUUCCCAGCCGGGGAAGAUCAGCAUGACUCUGGGACACCUACCUCAUCAGAAGGCUAACAUAUUAAAGUCAGAUUUUAAAAAGCUGGGCGGUCCAGUACCAUCUGCAGUAUGUCAGCAGCCUUCAAGAAAAUUAAUCGCUCCUCUGUGUAGCCAACAGGAUAGUGGCUUUGAUAGCCCAUUUGUCAAUCUAGACUAAUUGUACAAUAUUUAAGAAGAAUCAUUAAUCUUUUGACAAGAAAAGUGGAAGGGAAGACUUCAUACAGAAAAAUUUGUGGGAAUCUGCAUAUUCUGAGAUGUUUUAAUAACAUCUGACCAAUGUAAGAGUAAAGUAUUCUCAUAAAAUUACUUGAGAUAUUAAUGUUGCCUUAAUCUCCCAAAGGGCUGAUGGUGUAUGUGUCAUCUGCUUCUGUGUGGUGCUUGUAUUUGGUUGCUUAACCAUCUAUUUUUGUACUUAAAAAUUAGCUCUCUGUGCAGUGUUAAAUUAUUUAAAUAAACUUGUGUAUGGUCUGUA